AUGACUCGGAAAAGAAAGAUCGCGCGAAGAUUGACCGCUCCAGAUCGUACACCUCUUCAAACUCUUCGAUUCAUUGGGGAACGUCUUAAUCAUCCCCUAAUAAUCAAUGAUUUGGAACCAAAAACAUAUCGAGGCCAAGAGGUUUCGCCAUCACCAGACGUCAAACGCAUCAUGUGUUUCGCUGGAAUUCCAUCGUGUGUAUUAUCCUCAAAAGGCACCGGAGCACGCGAAAAUCUGGCUGACGAAUCAGCGGCACAUGCAAUGCUUGAUUUCUUUCGUUUAGCAGUUUCACCUGAGUUCGUCAAUAAGUUAUGUGCUUGUAAAGACGAUGAUGCUGUUCUCGAACUUCUUCCUCAAGUUACACCAGUAUUUGAACAAUUUGAUAAAGCCAUUUCCGUUGACUUUUUAUCGAUUAACAGAUGCACUCAGUUGGAAAUGUCACCAUCAUCUUUACUUCGAGGAAGAGAAAUCAAAAAACGGGUUCUAGUAAAUACGAAAAAUCCAAGUGUCGGAUAUGAAUUAGAGGCUUCAACGACUCCGAAACCUAACCGAAAAAAGGAUAAAUUGAGUCCAAACGAAACAACUCAAGACGAAUCUAAUAAUGGAACUUCUAAUGAAUUAAUAACUAUUAGUAGUGGCGAUUCAAGAUCAUCUAGUUGUAGUGCUGAUAUAAUAAUUGUCAGUGAAAAUAUUAAAGUACGUAAAAUGGAACCAAUGAGUCCAAUAAAAAGCCCAUCUCCACAAGUUGAAAGUAUGAGAAAAGUUGAUGAUGCUCAGAAAAGUUGUAUGGCUGGAGAAUUUGUGAGACAAUCACGAGAUAGAAGAGAAGAAGGCAUUGACUCAUCAACCUAUUUCGGACAAAUUAACACAUCAAAUCAAGGUCCAGCUGACGUAUUUUGUUGUCUUCCGGAUCCAAACCCAGUUCGAUACAAUGAAGAUCCAUAUUCAGAUGAUUCAGAAGACGAAGGUGAAAAAGCAGUUCCGAGUAAACGUGCCAGGACAGAUGUCGAUGAAACCGAUAAUGAAGUGAUUAUUCUCAAUACUUCGUCCGCUUCUCUAAAUCCUUUAGGUGAAGCGAGUACUUCUGGAGAAUCUGUUUUGUCUAAGAAAAAUCCAGAAAGUCGUGUAAAAGAUUCUGAUGAAGAAAUCGGUGAUAUGGUUGAUGAAUGGGACGAGAAUGACGACAUAGAGAUUCUGGAACAGGACUCAGGAGAUCAAGAAGUCACAACGACUACGUCUCCUACUACAGCUCAGAAUGGCCGACUUUUCGACGGCCAUCCAAAUCAUCAGAGUUUCAUGAAAGCCCACGGACUUUCAGUUCAUUAUCAAGCGAAGACAAUUGGCGUUGUUGUGAACAAAAAGUUGUCUGACUCUGUUGAAAGAUUUGUUGAAUCUGUUUGCGAGAGGUCGUUGGAUUCAGUGAAGAAAUUGUCGAGUUUGGCAUGGGAUCAUUAUAGGCAUAACACUCAAUCCGAUGCAACGUACAAUAAGAAGAUGAAUGCAAGACAAACACUUUUAAAUGAGAUUCAACAAUUGUUCCCGGACAAAUUCAUCAAUCUUCAAGUAACUGGGUCAACUAUAAACGGUUGUGGUGCAUUCAAUUCUGACGUGGACAUGUGUCUCUGCUAUCCGACAAGCAGCUAUCGCGGAUACGUUUUUGAUGAUUUUGGAAAUGAUCGAUCAAAUUCUACAAAAGUUUUACGCAAACUUGACAGAGCAAUCAAAAGAACCAAGUACGGUCAACCACUGAAGAAUCUUAUCUAUCGUUGCGAGAUGAUUCCGGCAAAAGUGCCAAUCAUAAAAUUGAAACUCAACGGAAUCUUCAAAGAACUUGAAGUUGAUAUCAACGUUAAUAACAUCGCUGGAAUAUACAAUUCACAUUUGACCCAUUACUAUUCAUUAGUGGACGCUCGCUUCCCAGUACUUGCUCUUCUUGUCAAACAUUGGGCUGGUGCAAAUUAUAUAAACAAUGCUCAAGCUGGAUAUCUGAACAGCUACACUGUAAUUCUUCUCGUCGUCCAUUUUCUGCAAUGCGGUGUUUCUCCUGCGGUACUUCCAAAUCUGCAAUACGUGUUCCCUGACAAGUUCGACAAGAAACUGCCACUUGACGAACUACUUUUGUAUGGUGAUAUAUCUGAUAAGCUGCCAGUCAGUGUCCCAAAUACGUGGUCCCUCGGCGAACUCUUCAUUGGUUUCUUCCACUACUACAGUAAUUUUGACUUCGAAAAGUACGCCAUUUCAAUUCGUUCUGGUCAAGUUGUCCCACGUAGUCUUUUGCCAAGAGACACCGCGAAUUAUCCAAUGUUCAUUGAAGAACCGUUCGAUGCUAUUAACACUGCGAGAUCUGUCCGCACAUCUGAACAUAUGAAGCAAAUAAAAAGAGAGAUCCGAAAAGGAUUGAGUGUUUUCAACGCCCAGAAGUUUACCAUGAGAGAUCUCAGAGUCGCUGUUUGGGGAGACACUUGA